AUGGCGGGCAGAAUUGCUUCUGAAAUAUUAAGAAGGUUCUCUAUAGACUUAACCUCGUAUGAGGAUCUAUACAAGCACUUCCACGCUCACCCGGAGCUCUCAUUGCAAGAGAAAGCGACAUCGGAAAAGAUCACCGCCCAUUUGGCGCAGCUUAAUGCAUACGAAAUUCAAACAAACAUCGGCGGUUAUGGUCUCGUAGGAGUUCUUCGCAAUGGUCCUGGGAAGACCAUUCUCCUCAGAGCCGAUAUGGACGCCCUGCCCGUCAAGGAGCUCACUGGGCUUCCCUACGCAAGUUCAGUCGUCAUGUGCGAUGCUGAUGGCAAUGACAAGCCAGUCAUGCAUGCCUGCGACAUUGCCAAAGCACGAGCUUCCUGGAGCGGCACUUUGAUCGUGCUGUUCCAACCAAAUGAAGAGCGAGGUGGCGGCGCACAGGCCAUGGUCGACGACGGUCUUUACUCGAAGAUCCCUAUCCCUGACUUCUGUCUAGGCCAGCAUGUUAUGCGAUUGCGCGCAGGGACCAUUGGCUCGCGCCCGGGCACAAUCAUGGCUGCUUGCGACAGCAUGAAGGUCACAGUAUUUGGUCGCGGAGGCCAUGGCUCGCUGCCUCAUCUCACCGUCGACCCUGCCGUUCUAGCUGCCCAUAUCGUUGUCCGACUACAGACUAUUGUGAGCAGAGAAAUCGAGCCAAGUGACCUGGGAGUCCUCACCGUGGGAAGCUUGCAAGCUGGCGCGACCGAGAACAUCAUCGCCGAUCGGGCCGAGAUUGGCCUGGAUUUCCGUUCUGUGAAGCUGGAAACCCGGCAGAAGAUUAUCACUGCCAUCAAGCGGAUUGUGGAAGCCGAAUGUGCUGCCAGUGGCUCACCAAAGCCACCGAUUUUCACACCUACUCGACGCUUCCCUCCUACCGAUAACGACAACAAGAUGGCGGAUCAGUUAGCAGCGUCUUUCGGCGAACACUUUGGAGAGGACUUUGACGGAAACACAGAUAGGAGUAACGUCAGUGAAGACUUCUCUACAUUGGCCACGUCUAAAGGCAUCCCAGCUGCAUUUUGGUUCCUGGGAGGAAUUGACCAUGGAGUCUGGGAUCGCGCCAUUAAAGAGGACUCAUUAAUAGAGGUGGCUAGUAACCACUCGGCACUCUUCAAGCCGGUUAUCCAGCCAACACUGAGAGCUGGCGUGGAUGCUCUUUGUGUUGGGGCUCUAACAUUCUUGGGGAAACAGAACUCUAGCCCGUCCCAUAAAUUAUAG